AUGUCCCGGCACAUCUAUACCCGCCACGGGAUAGGCGAAGGUGUCCAAAAACAGAUCUUUCAGGUGAACAGAGGCACCUACUCACGCCGCAGCCGCCUAAAGAGAUCAGAUGGCAGCACCACCUCCACCAGUUUCAUCCUCCGACAGGGUUCAGCUGAUUCCUACACUAGCAGGCCGUCUGACUCAGAUGUCUCUCUGGAGGAGGACCAGGGUGGACGACAGGAGAGGGAACAGCAGGCUACAGUGCAGCUGGAGAGGGCCAAGACCAAAGCCGUGGCCUUCGCUGUGAGGACCAACGUCUGCUACUGUGGCGCUCUGGAUGAGGACGUUCCUGUCUCAGGGAUGGCCAUCUCCUUUGACGCUAAAGAUUUUCUUCACAUUAAAGAGAAAUACAACAAUGACUGGUGGAUAGGCCGCCUAGUGAAGGAAGGCUGUGAGAUUGGCUUCAUCCCCAGCCCCCUAAAACUGGAAAACAUUCGCCUCCAGCAAGAGCAGAAAAGAGGACGUUUCCAUGGUAAGUCCAGUGGGAAUUCCUCCUCCAGUCUUGGAGAGAUGGUUUCAGGCACUUUCAAGCCCAAUCCUCCCUCUGCAGGAAAACAGAAGCAGAAAGUGGCAGAACACAUUCCCCCAUAUGAUGUCGUGCCCUCCAUGAGGCCAGUGGUCUUGGUUGGACCCUCACUCAAGGGAUAUGAGGUGACAGACAUGAUGCAGAAAGCGCUUUUUGACUUCCUGAAGCACAGAUUUGAUGGCAGGAUAUCAAUCACGAGAGUGACUGCAGACAUAUCUUUAGCCAAGAGAUCAGUGCUGAACAACCCCAGUAAGAGAGCCAUCAUUGAAAGAUCCAAUACCAGGUCAAGCCUAGCGGAGGUUCAGAGUGAGAUCGAGAGGAUUUUUGAGUUGGCAAGAUCACUUCAACUAGUGGUUCUGGAUGCGGACACUAUCAACCAUCCGGCACAGCUCAUUAAAACUUCAUUAGCACCCAUUAUCGUCCAUGUCAAAGUGUCUUCUCCCAAGGUCUUACAACGAUUGAUUAAAUCACGCGGGAAGUCCCAGAGUAAGCAUCUAAAUGUACAGCUGGUGGCAGCAGACAAAUUAGCACAGUGUCCCCCUGAGAUGUUUGACAUCAUUCUGGAUGAGAACCAACUUGAGGAUGCGUGUGAACAUCUAGCAGAGUACCUGGAGGCCUACUGGCGAGCAACACACACCUCCCUCAGCACUCCUCUAAAUCCCUUGUUGGGCCGCAACCUGGGCUCCACAGCACUCUCUCCAUAUCCUACAGCCAUCUCUGGAUUACAGAGCCAAAGAACAAAACACAGUAAUCAUGCAGGAGACCAUUCUCCGAUUGAGAAGCGAAGUUUGAUGACCUCAGAUGAGAACUACCACAACAACGAACGCCAGAGGAAGAGUCGUAACCGCUUGUCUUCAAGCUCCCAGCACAGUCGUGACCACUACCCACUGGUGGAAGAAGAUUACCAUGACCCUUACCAGGACACAUACAAGCCACACCGUAAUCGUGGCUCCCCUGGAGGAUACAGCCAUGACUCACGUCACAGGCUUUGA